CGGAAGGAGUGCGCGCUCUUUGAGGGUCCUUCUUUGGCCUUAUGAACGAGAUAUCACUAGGUCCAAUUGAACGAGAACCACUUUCCGUGGGAAUUCCCGUGUGGCCGCGGUGGAAAGACCUAUUCUCAGCCCUCAGCUGGCACUCGCCAUAGCCGUAGACAUCGAAGCAUCGGUUCGAGUGGGCAAAGCCCCAACAUACAAAUCCCAGUAUUCAUCGCAUUGAUAUUCAACUACUCGCUUAUCCAACAUCACCACCUCAGAUGGAUCCCAUGCUCAUUGCCACGACAACGCGCGCGUUGGAGCACGUAGAGCUGCCUGUCCAUCCACACUCACAACCACAUCCCAUCCCUACAUAUCCUGCUGCGACGCGGGUAUCGACUCAGGUACCCUAACAGUGACCCACGAUAUAUACCGCGCCAACCAGUAUGCCGUCAAACAUACAAUCCUUCCUGCUUACCGUCUCCGAGUUCGUGCAUCGUCCAUGCUCUCCGACCUUGGACAAUACGCCCACAUACCUCGGAUCCGCAGUCCUCAACCCUUCUACCCGCCCGGUCUCAGAAUUACGCCAAUGCCCUGUGAGUCACGCAACCACGACCAGAGAUUAGGACUUGGUUGUUUCGAUACCGGACUUAGCACGCGCUUACGGCCCGCCACAUACCUGGGCCUGCCAUGGCCACCACGCCCAGAAUCCACCUUCGUUCUCUAUUGGCCCCCACAGGUCGCCGAAAAUGA